AUGUCAUCUGCAGGAGGACUCUCGAGGCGACGCGGCGGUGGCGGUGGUGGAGGAGGAGAGGAUUCGGCCUAUUCAACACCUGCAAACUCCUCAUCGGGACCCAAUACAGGAAAUGGCAGGAACCAGAGUUUUCAUCGCCUGUCUAGCUCAGAUGCUAAAGUUGUCGCUGACCCGAGGGAUCUGCAGAUGGAGGACGAGAAUAAAACCCAGCCGAAGUUGACGUUGAUGGAGGAGGUGUUGCUUCUAGGUCUCAAAGAUAAGCAGGGCUAUCUCUCGUUCUGGAACGACAAUAUCUCCUACACCCUGCGAGGCUGCAUUUUGAUGGAGCUAGCCUUCCGUAACCGCAUCGCCAUGGUCAAGGACCCUAAUCGCCGCAAAUACCCCCUUGCCGAUCGCUAUAUCGAAGUCGUGAGCGAGAAACUAACAGGCGAAGUCUUGCUGGACGAGGCAUUGAAGAUGAUUGGAUCGACACCAGAGAGAAUGAGCGUAGGUCAAUGGAUCGAUCUUAUGAGUGGCGAGACUUGGAAUGUGAUGAAGAUCGGCUUCCAAUUGAAGCAGGUGCGUGAGCGUCUAGCAAAGGGUCUGGUUGACAAGGGUGUGCUCCGGACAGAGAAGCGGAACUUCCUCAUCUUCGACAUGGCAACACACCCCGUCACAGAUUCGGCCGUCAAGGAGGAGGUCGUCAAGAGAGCUUGUACAGCCCUGAUCUCGCGGAAUAACGGAUCGGCACCAAGUCUCACGGACCGGGAAUCACCUAUUGCAUACCAGCAACUCCGCACGGUGGCCAUGGUCUGUGCAGCUUAUGCGGCGAACGUGCUCGAGAAUGCGCUCCUGUAUCUGAACCAUGAGAUGCGCGAGCGCGCUUAUACCAAGGUCGAAGAGCUCCUCAACGAUUAUAGCACUUUCCCCUUUGGAUCUUCGGCCUCGAAGAACGAGACUACUGGCAAGGAUCUGCAGAUGGAGGUUAUUGCAGCGGUGCUGAACGUAUUUACCAAAAUGGACAGCAUUAUAUAG